CUCUUGAAAGUCAAGCUCGAACGGAUCGGAACCGAAUGGCUACGCUACGGAACCACAUAUCGGCGGGCGGUGGGGGGAACCACAACGGCCAGGACUCGCCACAGGAACCGCAGGACGCGGUCGCCACGCUGGCCAUCGGCUAUGUGCGGGAGUUCAGGAUGCGCGUGGCCUGCUUCCAGAUGCAGCGCUCCGAGGAGUCGCUGGUGUACGUGCAGCGCAGCGUGGCGCUGCUGGGCACCAAGGUGCUGCCGGCGCACUUCGCCCCCACGCCGGGCAACCUGGAGCUGGCUCGCUUCUACGUGGAUCUGUACGCGCUGAUGAGCGCGCUGAAGAACGAGGGUGCCGAGGGCGAUGUGCUGUGGGCCUGCGUCGGGCUGGUGCAGCACUGCACACGGAAUUUGGAGGCCCGCCAGGCGGUCGUCGAGCAUUUCUGCUUUGUGCCGCUGCUGGGAAUGCUCAUAAGGAAAAACAAACGAACGGAAAGGGUGCACCGGCUGCUGGUGCUGCUGCAGGACCUUACAUACGGCAUACGCAUCGCCUGGGAGGAACCCUUCCUGCCAGCGCUGAUCGAUCAUCUGGUGGGGAUCGUGCUGUGUACGGAUGACGCCUCCAGCAUCGCGAGUAGUGGGUCCAUUCGCAACGACGACGACGAAUUGCAUAUGCUCGCCCUCUCCGUGCUGGUGAACCUUUGCUACAAGAACUUCGCCGUGCUGUUCCUCUUUCUGCGCAGCGUCAACAUUUCCGUCUUUUGCCGUCGCAUCCAGAACUAUGGCCUGCUGGCAUACAAAAUGCUCAUCAUCCUCUCGGAGGACGUCUACGCCUUCCAGCAGUCCGAGCUGUGCAUCUUCCUGCGCCUGUCGUUCGCCGGAAUAGAGGACUGCCUGAAGCAAUGGAACGUGGCGCAGUUGCGGCACAUCGUUGAGUUCCUCUUGGACUCGCAGGGCCACGCCGGCCUGCAUCGGGCGAUGUUGUCGCACGGCCAUUUCUGCGAGGAUGUGGAGAAGCUGCUGGACAAAAUCGACGCUCGCAACGUCAUGGACGAUUCGCAGGAGGAGACGAGCAAGCACCAACAGAUUUCGCUCGGCCUAGUCUUCCGACUCGUCAGCUACAUUCUGCAGAUGUCCGAGGAAGCCAACAGCUGCAUCAGCCUGGACGCCAUCACGGGGCGCCUGUAUGAGAUGGUCAGCGACUGGAUGAGCUCCGAUCAAUGCGGCGUGGCGGCUAUUGAGCUGAUCUACACCCUGUUGCGCCUGGGCAAACGGGCGGCGGUGGCCGAGAUGAUCGCCAACGAUCCCUCACGCGUGGCCAAGUUGGUGGCCAGCGCCGAGCGACCGGACACGGAUGCCGGUCAGGUGUUAGCCACUCUGCGCCUGCUGAUCGCCCUGCUCCAGGAGACGAAGACCAAUAAACUGGUGCUGUCCAAGGUCUCCGAGUCAUACUUCGAUAAGAUCCUGGCUGCUCCGCUCGCCCUCGUUCCCCAGUUUCUCAGCACACAGAGCCUGGCGCAGUGCGAGGUGGAGAAGGCUUGCUUUUGCCUGCUGCUGCUCGUCAAUGUCGCCGGCAUCGCCAAGAAGGCCUAUAUGGACAAGUGCUGCACGCUGCUGGAGCAGCCGCAGCUGCAGUACUGCUUAGCUCGCGGUAUGGUCAGCAAAAACGAGGCAUUGGUGGCUGCCGUUCUGCAAAUUGCGCAGUUCGAGCAUUUUCCCAAGGCAUCUGUAGCAAAGCAUGUGGCUGCUAUCACCUCUAGUCCAAGUGGAAUGAUGGCGGGGCCUUCAGCUGUCGGCACCGACCAGGCCGAGCAGUGGCGCAAUCUAAGCUCGAUCUUCAAGGACUAUCGCAUCUCCGCCGACAAAGGCAUGGUCCAGCGGUUCAACGCACUUCUGGAAAACAUCGGCGGCAUUGUGAGCCGCAACGAACUGGCAUCGGCACCCACCUCGCAGGUGAUCGAGCUGUACAACCACCGCAUCGACAGCCUGAACGGCACCGUGGCGAACCUGCAGCAGCGCCUGGAGCAGGCUGGCGAGCAGCUGACUAUUGGUACACAACGUGCCCACGUGCAGAGCGCCGAGCUCGAACGCUUUCAGUCUAGCAACUUCCAGCUGCUUAUUAGCCAAGAACGGCUGCAAACCCGGUGCAAGGAUCUCAAACAGCAGAAGGUCGAACUGAAGAGCAACAUGACCAUCCUGCUCAAGCAGAUGUCCGAGAACACCGUCCAUUUGCAGGCCAACGAGCGGCGAUUACUCGUGAAAAAGGCGGAGAUUGUCGAUCUUGAAAAGGAGUGCGAGAAUCUGCGAUCGAAACUGAGUGCCAAAAGCGAGGAGCUCACUAAGCUGGAGGUUCACAACAAGGAGAACAUCUCUCGUAUCGACAAACUCAAAAAGUCCAUGGUGGCCUACGAGCAGGACAUGACGGAGAAGCUGCGCACCAUCGCGGAGCGGGAUCGGGAGCUGGCCAAGACGCAAAAGGCUCUGGAGGAGCAGCGGGAGGCCUGCAAGAAGUCCGAGGACCUGAUUUUCGUGCUGGAGACGCAGCUGCAGGAGCGCAAGGCUCAGAUCGAGAACCUCGAGAUGGAACAGAAGGAGACGGAGGACUUGCGGAAGACGAUCAUGAGUCUGAUGGAGAGCAAAAAGCCGAAGAGGAAGGCCUGAUACUCAGCUGCAACUCAUUUUUAAUUAAGCUUAGACAAGUAGCAUCUAUCGUUGAACUCCACCGCCGGCAUCAAAACGUUUUUUUCAUGUUUAUAUACAUUUAUUGCGUCUUGCACUGUAUAAUGCAAUACAUUUGUUGCCGUGCAAGGUUCCAUUCCAAUUCCAAUUUAACCAAAAAUACAAAACAUUUGAAUAA